AAAGUUAUUAUGAAAAAAUGCUUAUGGGUUAGGCUAAUCAUAUAUGUGAAAGGAUAGGAUUCAUACUUAUUAUUCUUAUUAUAUAUUUAGCCAUUAUGCCACCCAAAAAGAGAGCCAGGAGAGAUGAUGUGGCAACGGGAGGAGUACCACCACUAACACCACCAACUGAAGUACAUAAUGGGAAAAAAGGGCAAAAAAGAAUCCGAAAACAGGCGGAGACUGACACUGUCAAUGUGCUAUCAAAUCUUGAUUAUGAACUUCUGGCAAAAGAAAUUGUAAACCAACAAAAAGCUGCUAGUGAGAAACAAAACAUCGGUGAAAGUGUUGGGCAACCUCCAAUGGUGAAUUCUGUUGAGGAUACUGCACCAGUAAUUGGGGAAGCUAUACCGGCCGCUGCCACAAUUCAUGCCUCUGCACUGGGAACAUUACUGGAUAAUGUGUUCACAGGUGAGCCCGCAGGCAAUUUAUCUCAGAGUACGGGUAGUAGUUAUGCAUGCUUUAGUAGCCCUCAAAUUCACUUAUCAGAUUGUGUGCCUCUAGGAGCAUCAGUUUCCUCCAAACUGAAACUUAAAAUUUGGAACAAUGAAUUUGUUGACUUAAAAAAUUUAUUGCCGACCUCAGGAGAUGAACCCCUUUCAAUUGUGGUACAAGCGGGGAAAAUUGAGCUACAACAAGCGGCUUCACAUAAAACACCUAUUACAAUCCAUCAAUGGACAGAUGCUUUUCUGGUAUUCAGUACAAUUUACUUACAGAAAUUUCCCCAUGAGGCAUGCAAAUUGUUAAAAUACAUGUUUACAAUUAGGGAGAUUCACAAGCUUCAUGGGGACCAACCCUGGAGAAUGUAUGAUGAGUCAUUUAGGAAAAUAAGAGAGACAUCCCUCCUGCCGUGGGAGAGAGUAGUAACAGAGUUGCGACUUAAGGUAGCCUCUAUGGGUUUAAAGUCUCCUACCCAAUUCCAAGCUUAUAAUGGUAAACAGCAGCCCUUUCGGGCAAAACAGUGCUACAAUUAUAACAAUGGGCAAAAAUGUAACUCCCUACCCUGUCGAUUCGCCCAUACUUGCCAAGCCUGUAGUGGACCCCACCCCCGAUUUCAGUGUAGAAACAUGUCAUCCAAAUCUAUCACAUCCAACAGGAAUGGCGCUGGUUCUUCCAACUCCAGUAAACCCGUUAAGACUUCACAAUGAACUAUUAGGUUAUG